AUGGACUUAGAUAAUAAGACUACGCUGUUAGGAAGGGACAGCGAGGACAAUAGCCAAAUUGAAAGAGCAAAGAUAUUGGUUGUGGGGGCGGGAGGAAUUGGGUGUGAAGUAUUGAAGAACUUGGUCCUAUCUGGAUUUCGCCACAUCAAGGUCAUCGACUUGGACACAAUUGAAAUGUCAAAUCUAAAUAGGCAGUUUUUAUUCCGGAAAGAGCAUAUUGGACAGUCCAAAGCGCUUGUCGCAGCAAAAGCUGCGUCAGCGUAUGGAGACAAUGUUCGUAUUGAAGCUGAACAUGAAAACAUAAUGCACCCCAAAUUUGACAUUUUCUUUUUCAAAUCGUUUGAUGUAGUGAUCAACGCGUUGGACAAUGUUAAAGCAAGGCAGUAUGUGAAUACGAUGUGCGUUUUAGCGGAUGUGCCAUUGGUGGAAGGAGGAUCGACCGGUUUGCUCGGCCAAAGUUAUCCGAUCCUUCCCCACUACACAGAGUGCUACAACUGCAAGCCGCGUGGAGGCAAUGAAGGCGAACAGUACGCCGUUUGCACCAUUCGUAGUACCCCAGACAAGCUGGAACACUGCAUCGUGUGGGCCAAAGAGCUUUUUGUCCUUCUUUUUGGCAAACGAGACGAUAGUCUUCUCUACGAGGAAGUGGACUCUGUGUACAUGGAUUCCUUAAUUCCAGAAAACGAGCAGGUGCUUUCAGAUCCUUCCAAAUGUCUCGAAUUUUGCAUCGAUUUGUUGGAAGCUCUUUUCGACAAGGAAAUCGAAAAACGAAUCCAAAUAGGCAGUUACACCACCAUUCAUAAGCCACCUACACCAGUACAGAUUCGACAUUGGAUCGUACCGAGUCUUUCAACUCUCGUUAGAAAUAGGAUCGAGAAGGAAUUCGAAACGAACAUUACUUCCAGCAAAAUAAUCGCGGGGAUGUUGCGAUUAUCGCGGCAGCCACGAAUAUAUCUUUCUUCUUUCUUUUUUCUUUCUUUCUUGUGUUUGCUGUUGGAAUGGAUUUCCUUCACACACCUGCGCUGCUUCUCCUUCCAUAUCCCCGCGGGAUCUCUUCUUGCAGUGAAGAAAAUCGCGGGAAAUAUUAUUCCCGCGGUCGCCAGCACGAAUGCGAUCGUGGCAGGUCUGCAGGUGUUAACCACGCUGAAACUUUUGCGGUUGUCUGGGAAAUCGAAGGCGGAGCAGGCGGAACAAAUGCGCUACUCGUACUUACUCAAAGUGAAAAACAGAAAAGUCCCCGAUUUCUGGAACUGUCAGAAAUAGAGCCAAAUUUUGCAGUCGGUGACCUUGCUCCCGCCGCAGAAAAAUUGUCUCACGUGCAGCUGUGGCACCAAUCUGAUUGUGGUUCUGGACGUCUUCCAAGCGCAUUUCCGCGGCUUUUUGGAAGAAAUCGUGAAGGUUUUCCCGCGGUUCUGCGUGGCAUGUAGGGGCAACUGCAGUUCACCGCGCCCAUGAUUGCGAUCGACUCCAAACUGAUCUACGAAACGCCCGAGGAGGGCGAAACUCCCUCGGAAGCGGUCGAGCAGCUGUAUCGAACGAACCUGUGGGAGCUGCGUAGAGUUGCGGGGAUUGGUUGAGCGUAGCGGGGGGAGGAAUUCGGCAUGGAAGCGUUGUGGAGGUGGGGGAUCUGGAAACGAACCAGCAUGCGUCGAUCACGGUGUAUCAUCAGCCGAAGGAUGUGUUGGUGGAUAAUAGCGAGGAUGGGUAUUUGAUUCUGAACAGAGAGGCCAUCGAGAUGAUUCGGAAAACGAAGGAAGAAGGAGAUGGAGAGGAGAAGGAGACAAAGACGGAGAAAGACAAAGGAAGUGAGGAAAGUGGGGACAGCGAUUGUGUUGAGGAGGAAAAAAGUGGAGAUAGCGAUGGUAUUGAGGAUGAUUGUGUCGAGGUGUUGGAUCCUCGGGAGAGACAGAAAAGAGAGCGAGAAAAGGAAGCAGAAACGAAUAAGCGAGUUGAGAUUUGUUUUCUUGUUUCUUCUAAACAUUUUUUGGUAUGUCCCAAGACUUUGAGAAUUUGAAGCGUAUUGUGCUGGAGAGACGGUCUGUACGUAUGUUCAACAAGCAGCCAUUCCCUGAGGGUGUUUUGGAAACCAUUCUCGGAUAUUCUCUUGUAUGCUCUCCGUUUUGCGCCUAUCUUUUAGAGAACUCCAACCUCCCUCAACCUCCAGCCCUACCGUGUUAUUGUUGUCCGUAAUGAGGAAAAACGCAACUUACUGGCCUCCUGCAUGAGCAAGAGCAAUGCCGCGAUCGUAAACUCCAGCAGCGCUUCUCUGAUUAUCUGUUCCGACACCAGUUUGUGAAGUUGUGUUGUAUCAAAGAAUAGACAUGGGUAUGUGCGUGAAGGACUAUGGAGAGUGCAUCUAUGGAGAUAGCUGGAAGGAAAAGAUGAAGAUGAUUCGCAUUUAUAGUAAGUUUAAUCGUCUAAAUCUAACAGCCAGCUGCGUUCAGUUUCUACUCGAAUACGCUUUUCAAC